UGAGAAGAAAAUUUCAGUUUUGGACUGGAAAAUUGGAGUGUAGUGUUUUCUCUCGAUAUCCUAGUUUUUCUAAAGUGUUUCUAAUUGAAAAUGUCUUCAGACAUUAAACAAUCCCUCAAGGAUGCAAAUGUAGCCUUCAAGAACAAGGAGAAUGAUAAAGCCAUCAGGAUAUGCAAAGAAGUCUUAAGAGCCGAUCCCGGUAAUUACAUGGCGCACGUCUUAUUGGGAGCUAUUUAUCAAAACUCCUCAAAAGCCGAAGCUGAAAAAUACCUGCGAAAAGCUUUGACACUCUCCAAAGAGCCAAUUUCUGCCCUUCAGGGAUUGGCUCAGUGUACUUCAGCGGCAGAAUGUCCGGAAAUCUAUGGGAGGCUCUUGGCACUGACUCCGAGUAAAUUCGAAGAGCUCCACGCUAAACUCCUGAAAGUGUCUCUAGAACUCCCGGAGAUCAGCAAGACUGUUGAGGUUUUCCAGAAGGAAAUUUCUCUGGAUGAUACCAAUGAAAGUAAUGCCAAAAGAAUUGAAUCAGCUUAUGCCCACUUGUCCGAGUUGCUGAUCAAGCAAACAGAGGUUGAAGAGAGAUUUACCACUGUUUUUCUAGACAGUCUGCUGAAGACUCUAGAUGUGAAAGAUAUUCAUCAGCAAGAGAGAUACAAGAAGUGCCUAAAUUUGCUCAGCAAAUUAGAUGACAACGAUCUUCUAGUGACGAAGGCAAUUGAGAUGCAUAAAAUCUUCAGGAAUGAUCAGUAUCCUUUAGAGUGGAUGUGCAAGAUAUACUUGGAAUCUUGCUUUCCAGAACAGUUUGUUAAAGAAAUCCCAAGAUAUUUUGAGAGUCUCCUUGAGAAGAAUCCAAGAUCUGCCCAUGGUUUGGCGUCUAAAGGUCUGUAUUUUCUUAACGAAGGAAAUGUGAUUGAAGCCAGAACUGUUGUCGAUAUUGUUCUCAGAGACACUCCAAAUUGGGCAACUGCUCUAAAAUUGAUGGCUAAAAUUCACUUUCAAACGGAAACAUUUCCUCUUGCGGCUCAAAUUUGGGAGCACUUGAAACAAGAGGAGAUUUCCUUGGCUGAGUGUUACAUUGGACAAGGAUAUAAGCUUGACAAAGCCUUAGAGAUUUGUAAUCGUCUCAAGGAUAAAGAAAAUAUAGACCAUCUUGUAGCAAAAACAAAAAUUCUAUUGAAACAUGACGGAAUUUUAUUAAAUGAUGGGUAUUUAAAAGCAUUUUCCGCAGUGGAGUUUAAUCAGAACUAUCAGGAAGCUCUGGAUUUACUUGAGAAAGAGCCUCAGGAUACACUAGAAUAUUUACUACUGAAAGGAGAGGUUCUUUUGAAGCUGGAGAGAACAAAUGCUUCUCUUGCUGCCUUCACUCAAGCCAUCAGUGUUUAUCCAACAUCUUCAAGGGCAUUUUAUUGGAUUUCUCGGGUUCACGGACAAAUGCAAAACGAUGAUCUCGAGAGGGAAAACCUUCAGCAGUGCAUUCUUCUCAAUCCAAUUCACAGAGAGGCACUCCUGAGACUAUGUGCAAUCUACAACCAAGAAAGAAACGUCGUUGAAGUGGAGAAACUCCUGCUUGAGAGUGCUCUCCAUGCGAAGGAUCCGAGUCUCAAGUGGGUGUGGCUUCAUCUGGGAUUGCACUACUUAUCAAUUAACCAGAACGACAGUGCAAUUAACACGUUCAGGACUCUUUUGAGAUUUGACAAGAAGGACUACUUGGGAUGGGAAGGCCUUGCAGAUGCUUACUGCAACAACGGAUCCUACACAUCUGCCCUCAAGAUUUACCAAAUGAUCGUGGAGGAGACGGAAAAUAACAUUUACUGCAAGUAUCGAGUAGCCAAUAUGAAGACAAUUCUAGGUCACUAUAGCGAAGCAAUAAAUUGCUUCGAGGGAAUCUUGGAGUAUCAGCCGAAUUACGUGCCAGCGUUGAAGGGUAUUGCAGAGGCACAUUUCUCACUUGCGAGUGUAUUAAUGAAGCAACGGAGAUUAGGAUCUAUGCGAGAUCAACUGCAGAAAGCGGCCUUUUAUGCAACACGUGCAUGUGAACUGAAAUCACUGUGUUGCCAUUGGAGUCUUUUGGGCAACAUUUUUCUCAAGGUGGCCAAUCUUCCCAAGCGACUGGCAUUUGUGGAAGUGAGCAGUGUCUUCCAGACACUCGAUGCGACCCCAGAAGGUGUUGUGACACUGCGUGACGACGAGAUUUAUGAGCUCUCCAGCAAGUGUUUCUUGCGAGGCUUGAGAGAGAAUCCCAAAGAUCCUUUUCUCUGGUACAAUCUGGCGGCUUGUAUGUACUCAAGAGGAUGCAGGAGUCAUGACGCGAGACAGAAGGAGUUUCUAAAGAAGGCUAUGUUGUAUGUGAAGCAGUCAAUUGCCUUGAAGUCUAAUCGCUGGCAAAAUUGGAAUAUGUUUGGCGUAAUAUCCAUGAAAUUGGGUAACGUGUGUCAGGCGCUGCAUUGUUUUGUAAAAUCGCUGCGUCUGAACAAGACGUCGGCAAUGUCUUGGAGCAAUUUAGGGCUAAUGUACCUCAAUGAAGGUGAAAAGUGGCUAAAUUACGUGGUUGAUGAGGGAGAAAGUCAAGUGGUGAUUAUGGAAGAGAUGAAAAGUAUGGCUGAUAGUGCCAAUCGAUCGGCAAACAAAGCUUUCGGGCAGUCACAGCAAUCCAAUACUGAGUAUAUGGUCGGCUGGAUAGGGCAAGCCAUCACGGCCGAGAGAGUGAAUGACCAGGAGGCGGCGAUGGAUCUCUUCAGGCACUGCACGCAAUUGGGAUAUCAUGCUGAAGCGGCAGUGGGAUACUCGCGCUUUGUAUGUGGAGUGCUGAAUGAUCCUGAGAGACUUAAGGAAGCCAGAUAUCAGUACUGUAUUGAGAAUAUGUUCGCCCUGCCGAGGGCUCAUGACUCAAUGACUUGGUGCACUGCUGAUCGAGGUGAAAGGACGACGGCUGCUGAGCUCUGUCUCGAGGGAUGCUUGUCUUACAAGUCAGGACUCUAUGGAAGUGCAUCUGAAGCAUUUGCAAAGGCGUUAAAAAUCACAAGGAAUACGAAGGAUGCUGAUAUAAUAGCUUGCAAUUUGGCUUAUACUAAAUUGAGAGCGAAUGAAUUUGGUGAGGCUAUUAAAGCUUUUGAGAGAGUGCAAGAAAACACCUACAGAUCAUAUCUUGGACUGGCUUUCUCAUAUUUUAAAGAUCAACAAUACGAAAAGUCCUACGAGGUGUACGAAAAUCUUCUGCAACUGGAAACUUUAGAGCCUCUUGAGCAAGCUACAAUCCUCAUUGCGAUGUCUUCUAUGGUUUAUGCAUUCCACGGUGAAGGAGACACUAAAGAUGUGCUGUAUCAAUUCCUAGAUUUGCCCAAUCCACCUCUUGAGGGAUUCUAUGCUGCAUGUGCCUUGGGAAUACUCCACAAGGACUUGCAGCUGGCUGAAUUGGUGGUGAAGGAGCUCAAUAAGGUGGAAAUGAGUGAAAACAGUUGUCAUCAUAUCGCCUUUCUCUCCGCCCAAUUUCACCUUCUCAAGGAGGGAAAGGACAAGGCAAUUAAAUAUUUACUGUCCCUCCACCAUAAAUAUCCCCAUCGAGCUAAGCUGAGAAAAGUGGUGGCAGGAUUUAUUCUCGAUAACUUUGCCGCUUCGCCGAAGCAUCUCAAGUUCGCAAGUCGGUUGUCUCAGGGAGUGUUGCAGAUUGAAUUUGGACAGAUAGACAAGAAAUGUUCUCCGGACUCGUGCGCCAAGUGCCUGAUGGUGUCAUUCAAAGCGUUGAAUCUGCUGCAAGAUGACUCAAAGAAGCAUUUAGUGCAGAAGGCGAUUCACUUAAAUCCGAGCUGCAAAGAGAACUGGGCUCUUCUGAGGAGUGUUGCCUAAUAAACUCUGCGUAGGACUGUGAAGAAUGAGUAUGAAGCGUUUAGCAGUGACUGAAACAUUUGCAAGACAUGUCAUACCAUGGACAAUCGUACAAGGUUUCACCGAUUUUAAGGCUCUGUAAUAAUAUGAUUUAAAUAAAGUUGAAUUCGUCCAGAAGGGCCUCAAGAAA